GGAGGACUCUCUGGAGCAGGCAGGUGGAGGGAGGAGUGGUCCAGAGAGUAACUGCCCGGAGUUGUUGCGCCACAGGAGAUGACACAUGGGGUCUCAACACUCCUCUGCUCACACAUUUUGUCAGCGAAAGGAGGGUGACAACGCGGAGGACCUGCUGGCUGAUAGAGAGCAGGAGGAAGCCAUCGCUCAGUUCCCCUAUGUGGAGUUCACUGGGAGAAAUAGCAUCACCUGCCACACCUGCCAAGGAGCAGGCUACAUCCCAGCAGAGCAAGUCAAUGAGUUGGUGGCUCUGAUACCCCACAGUGACCAGAGGUUGCGUCCUCAGAGAACUAAACAGUAUGUGCUCCUGUCAGUCCUGCUCUGUCUCCUGGCAUCUGGCUUGGUGUUCUUCUUCCUGUUUCCACACUCAGUCCUUGUGGAUGAUGAUGGCGUCCAAGUGGCCAAAGUCACCUUUAAUAAACAGGACUCCCUCGUGAUCCUCGCUGUCACGGCCACCCUGAAAAUCAGGAACUCCAACUUCUAUUCUGUGGCUGUGACCAACCUGUUGAGCCAGGUUCAGUACAUGAGGGCCGUGGUUGGCACAUAUGUGACUGCUAAUGUCUCACUCAUCCCCCCGAGGAGUGAGCGCCUGGUGAAUUUCACGGUGAAGGCUGAGGUGGGAGGACCGUCUUCCUAUGUGUACUUCUACUGCACCAUCCCUGCCAUCCUGGUGCACAACAUCGUCAUCUUCAUGAGGACCUCUGUGAAGAUUUCAUACAUCGGCCACAUCUCCCAGAGCACCUUGGAGACACAACACUAUGUGGAUUGUGGAGCGAAUUCCACAGCUGUCUAGAGCCUGCUCUUAGACCUCCCGGGCCCACACCUGUAGAAGGAGGCUUAACAUCUGUCCCUAGGCCCAGCAUCUGU